AGACUCGGCGGCAUGUCACCCGCGCUGCCAGAGCUGACGCCUUCCGCAGGUGUGAAGAAAAGUCUGCAGGAUGAGAUUGAAACCAUUCUGCGGGAGAGGAUCAUGGUGCUGGAUGGAGGGAUGGGGACCAUGAUCCAGCGGCAUAAGCUAAGUGAAGAAGACUUCCGAGGUCACGAAUUUCAAGAUCACACCAGGCCGCUGAAAGGCAACAAUGACAUUUUAAGUAUAACUCAACCCAAUGUCAUUUACCAAAUCCAUAAGGAUUACUUGCUGGCUGGGGCAGAUAUCAUCGAAACAAAUACUUUCAGCAGCACUCACAUUGCCCAGGGCGACUAUGGCCUUGAACACUUGGCCUACCAGAUGAACAAGUGCUCUGCGGGGGUGGCCAGAAAGGCAGCCGAGGAUGUGUCUCUCCAGACAGGAAUUAAGAGGUUUGUGGCAGGAGCUCUGGGUCCAACUAAUAAGACACUGUCUGUGUCCCCGUCUGUGGAGAGACCAGAUUACAGGAACAUUACAUUUGAUGAGCUCGUUGAAGCAUACAAAGAGCAGGCCAAAGGGCUUCUGGAUGGUGGGGUUGAUAUCUUACUCAUUGAAACUAUUUUUGAUACCGCUAAUGCCAAGGCAGCCUUGUUUGCACUCCAAACACUUUUUGAAGAGGAGUAUCCCCCCCGGCCUAUCUUCAUUUCAGGGACAAUUAUUGAUAAAAGUGGGAGAACUCUUUCUGGACAGACAGGAGAGGCAUUUGUCAUCAGUGUGUCUCACGCAGACCCCCUCUGCAUUGGAUUAAACUGUGCUCUGGGUGCAGCUGAAAUGAGACCUUUUAUUGAAACAAUUGGAAAAUGUACAACAGCCUAUGUCCUCUGUUAUCCCAAUGCAGGUCUUCCCAACACGUUUGGUGACUACGACGAAACUCCGCAUAUGAUGGCCACGCAACUAAAGGCCUUUGCUGUGGAUGGCUUGGUCAAUAUAGUGGGUGGUUGCUGUGGUACGACACCAGAUCAUAUCAGGGAGAUUGCUAAAGCUGUGAAAAACUGUAAGCCUAGAGUUCCACCUGCCACUGUUUUUGAAGAGCAUAUGUUACUAUCUGGUCUAGAGCCCUUCAGGAUCGGACCGUACACCAACUUUGUUAACAUUGGAGAGCGCUGUAACGUGGCAGGAUCCAGGAAGUUUGCUAAACUCAUCAUGGCAGGAAACUAUGAAGAAGCACUGAGUGUUGCCAAAGUGCAGGUGGAAAUGGGAGCGCAGGUGUUGGAUAUCAACAUGGAUGAUGGCAUGCUGGAUGGUUCGAGUGCAAUGACCAGAUUUUGCAACUUCAUUGCUUCCGAGCCCGACAUCGCCAAGGUGCCCUUGUGCAUCGACUCUUCCAAUUUUGCCGUGAUUGAAGCCGGCUUGAAGUGCUGCCAGGGCAAGUGCAUUGUCAACAGCAUUAGCCUGAAGGAGGGAGAGGAUGACUUCUUGGCGAAGGCUAGAAAGAUUAAGAAGUUUGGAGCUGCUGUGGUGGUCAUGGCUUUUGACGAAGAAGGGCAGGCGACAGAAACAGACACCAAAAUCAGAGUGUGCAUGCGGGCCUACCAUCUACUUGUGAAAAAACUGGGCUUUAAUCCAAAUGACAUCAUCUUUGACCCUAACAUCCUCACCAUUGGUACCGGGUUGGAAGAGCACAACUUGUAUGCUGUUAAUUUUAUCCAGGCAACAAAAAUCAUUAAAGAAACCCUACCUGGAGCCCGAGUAAGUGGAGGUCUUUCCAACUUGUCCUUCUCUUUCCGUGGAAUGGAAGCCAUUCGAGAAGCAAUGCAUGGGGUUUUCCUUUACCACGCAAUCAAGUUUGGUAUGGACAUGGGGAUAGUGAAUGCGGGAAGCCUCCCGGUAUAUGAUGAUAUCCACAAGGAGCUUCUCCAGCUCUGUGAAGAUCUCAUCUGGAAUAAAGACCCUGAAGCCACUGAGAAGCUCCUGCGCUAUGCUCAGACUCAUGGCAAAGGAGGGAAGAAAGUCAUCCAGACUGAUGAGUGGAGGAAUGGCCCCAUCGAAGAACGCCUGGAGUAUGCCCUCGUGAAGGGUAUUGAAAAAUAUAUUAUUGAGGACACUGAGGAAGCCAGGUUAAACCAGGAAAAAUAUCCCCGGCCUCUGAAUAUAAUCGAAGGGCCUCUGAUGAACGGCAUGAAAGUUGUCGGUGACCUUUUUGGAGCUGGAAAAAUGUUUCUACCUCAGGUUAUAAAGUCAGCUCGAGUCAUGAAGAAGGCUGUUGGCCACCUUAUUCCCUUCAUGGAAAAAGAAAGAGAAGAAAAUAAAAUGCAUGCUGGCAUAGAAGAAGAAGAGGAUCCUUACCAGGGCACCAUUGUGUUGGCUACUGUGAAGGGUGACGUGCACGACAUAGGCAAGAACAUAGUUGGCGUGGUCCUUGGCUGCAAUAAUUUCAGAGUUAUUGAUUUAGGAGUCAUGACUCCCUGCGACAAGAUCUUGAAAGCUGCUCUUGACCACAAAGCAGAUAUAAUUGGCCUAUCAGGACUCAUCACUCCUUCCCUGGAUGAAAUGAUUUUUGUUGCCAAAGAAAUGGAGAGAUUGGCUAUAAAGAUUCCACUGUUGAUUGGGGGAGCAACCACAUCAAGAACCCACACGGCGGUUAAAAUAGCUCCAAGAUACAGUGCGCCUGUAAUCCACGUCCUGGAUGCAUCCAAGAGCGUGGUGGUGUGCUCGCAACUAUUAGAUGAGAAUCUAAAGGAUGAAUAUUUUGAGGAGAUCAUGGAAGAAUAUGAAGAUAUUAGACAGGACCAUUACGAGUCUCUCAAGGAGAGAAGAUACUUAACCUUAAGUCAAGCUAGAAAAAACGGUUUCCGUAUUGACUGGCUGUCGGAGCCCCCUCCAGUGAAGCCGACGUUUCUUGGGACUCGGGUCUUCGAAGACUAUGACCUGCGGAAGCUGGUGGCCUACAUUGACUGGAAGCCUUUCUUCGAUGUCUGGCAGCUCCGGGGCAAGUACCCGAAUCGAAGCUUUCCCAAGAUAUUUAAGGACAAAACUGUAGGCGAAGAGGCCAAAAAGGUCUAUGACGAUGCCCAGGACAUGCUGGAAGUGCUGAUCAGUGAGAAGAAGCUCCAAGCCAGGGGCGUGGUGGGGUUCUGGCCGGCGCAGAGCGUGGAGGACGACAUCCACCUGUACGCGGAGGACGCUGCGCCACCGGCCGCGGAGCCCAUAGCCACCUUCCACGGGCUAAGGCAGCAGGCCGAGAAGGACCCUGCCAGCGCGGACCCAUACCAGUGCCUCUCGGACUUCAUUGCUCCGCUGCAUUCCGGCGUCCGCGACUACCUGGGUCUGUUUGCCGUCGCCUGCUUCGGGGUGGAGGAGCUGAGCAAGGCCUAUGAGCAGGAGUGUGACGACUAUAGCAGCAUCAUGGUCAAGGCUCUGGGAGACCGGCUGGCUGAGGCCUUUGCGGAGGAGCUCCACGAGCGGGUCCGCAGGGAGCUGUGGGCCUACUGCAGGUGCGAAGAGCUGGACGUCGCCGACCUGCGGCGGCUGCGCUACGAGGGCAUCCGGCCGGCGCCCGGCUACCCCAGCCAGCCCGACCACAGCGAGAAGCUCACCAUGUGGAAGCUCGCCGACGUGGAGCGGUGCACAGGCAUUAGGUUAACGGAAUCCCUAGCAAUGGCACCUGCUUCAGCAGUAUCCGGCCUUUACUUCUCCAAUUUGAAGUCCAAAUACUUUGCAGUGGGGAAAAUUUCCAAGGAUCAGAUUGAGGAUUAUGCUCUGCGGAAGAACAUGUCUGUGGCUGAGGUUGAGAAAUGGCUGGGACCCAUUUUGGGAUACGACACAGAGUAACUUGUUUAUUUAUUUAUUUUUAAAAUCCUUUUCUCUGCUUGAGGAUCCUCAAGGAAAUAGAGUCCAGAGUGCCUUUAAAAUGAACAGCAGUA